CAACACCGCUGCGAUGAGAUGCCGAAUGAAAGGACAGGCCUCCUGUAUAGCUCGUCUGUUUGCUCUUGUGUGGGUGCCAAUACUGCUGCUGCUGCUGCUGCUGCCGCUGCUCUGCAGCUUCUACCACCACCACCACCACCAUAACCACCACCACCACUACUACUACUACUACUGCUACUAG